UUUGUGCUUAAAAGCCGCGAAACGAAAUCCAAAGGAGUUUUGGGAAUUCACAGCAUUCGACGGGUUUGAAAUCACCGUAAGGUAUAACGGAAUGAAUGACACGUUAUUAUUGCACUAGAGAAACACGGUAGCAGCCAGCCACACACUAUGGAAAAAGAGUCCGAUACGUCACCUUUAAAGGAAACAUCUGAAUUAGCAGAAACAGCUCGUUCAGAGGACGAUUCUCCUAAAGAACUUUCAGAGGAAUGUAGAAAAUCGGAUACUAAGAAAGUUGAUAGCGAUUCAUCGGAUUGCAAAGCUGGUAAAUCAAGUAACAGUAAAGAAAAAACUGGUUUAAAGGCUGAUAGUUCGAACACAAAAAGUAAAGGAAGUGUCGAUGGUCUUAAAGGUGCAAAGGGGAAAAAAAUAUUAAAGUCUGAUACGAAAACUCAUGUAGAUAAAGAUCAAUUAAAUCCAGAUGUACAGGAAUUAAAUAGCUCUAAAAUAACAUCCAAUAGUGCUUCAGUUGAGAAGGAGGACUCUGCUUCAGUAUCACCAAACACUGAGGUAGCUUCAGGGAAAAAAUCAGUUUAUCCACCAGAUCCACCAGAACUGCAAAAUGAUGAAUCUCAAGAGGCAGUAGACAGCGUUGUCAGUGAAAAUGCUUCAGAAAGUCAAGCAGGAGAAUGCACUAGUGAAGAUGGAGGUACUAAGGACAAACCCACAUCUCCAGUUUAUAGAGAAAAUGAUGAAAUUCCUUCAGUUGACUCAAAAAAAGAUGACAAUGAUUCUGAUAACCCAGAUAAAGACAGUGCAGUGGAUAAAACCAUCAUUGAGCCUGAAAAUACUGAAUUUGUACAAAUAUCUCAAGAUAAACAGGAUGAUUCUCAAAUAGAAUGUCAAUCGAUAGAUGCAGAAGACCCAUUUGGAGGUGAAAAUCUUGCAUCAGAAAACAUGGAACCAAUGGAAACUGAAGCGGGUGAAGGAAAUUUCCGAAAACUAGGAGAUCAAGCUGAUAAUCUCCAAGAUGUAGUAAAUGCUAAAGAUGGUAAAUUCAAAGAUAAUUAUGAUGAUGAUAGCAAGACGGGUGCAGGAUCAGAGAAUGAAACGGACAAAACUAUUCUUGAGGAUACGGUUGAGCCAGUAAACAAUUCCCAAAACCUAACUGCAACUGAAACUGAAGAAUUUGAUGACUCUACAAAUGACGUUGAUAAAUUAUCUAAAAAUAAAAACAAUGUAUCUUCUAAUAAGUCCACAAAGGAUAAACCACAAAUCGAAGGUGUGGAUGAUUCUGAAAAAAGUAAUAAUGCCAGCGAAAUAACACAAAUGGAAACGGAUGAGGAGCAAUCCACUGUUUUGCCUGGUCAAGAUGAUGAAUUAUGCAUAAUACCAGACAGUAUGAAAGUAAUUAUUCCACAAAAACCAACUGAAACAGAAAAUAAGGAAUCCACUGAAAAUGAAAAGUCAGAAGAACCGGCAGUCAUCAGUGAGUCCAAAAAAGAUGGUGAAGUUGUCAAGAAAAAAGCAACUAGAAUUACAAGAAGAACUUCCAGUGAUUUAAAAGAGUCUAAGUCACAUAGUACAGAUAGUAGCAAUGAGGAUAAAGCAGAUGAACAGAAGAAACGAGAUACACCUGGUGAAAAUGUGAUCACAACAGAUAUUAUAGAUGUGGACGAAGAAUCCAAAAAUUCAGAAAUUGAAGAAAUUCUUUCCAAGGAAAUAUGCAAGCAAUGCAACGAGGAGAAACCAUGUAAAAUUAAAGUUAAAGUUGGAUCAGAGUGUUUCAGUGUAUGUUCCAAAGUAUGCCAAACUGCAUUUACCCUGGCAAACAAUAAAGCAACGGACAUACCAAGUGAUGGCGUUAAUUCUAAACGUGAAAAGCGAUGUGCAAAUUGUCUUCUUAUUGUAGAACCAACUGAUGAACGUAAUCUGUCUUGGGAAACAAUGGAGUUUUGCAAUGAGGAAUGUUUGGGAAAAUUUCAAAUAAAAUACGGAAGUUAUUGUAGAAAUUGUAACGGCUCGGUUCAAGCUGUAAGCCUUGGAAAAUAUUGUGUGCGAUUUGGUUACGAUGUUAGACAAUUUUGCUGUUCAACCUGUCUGGAAGAGUUUAAGAAAGGUCUUAAAGUUUGCAGUUAUUGUCAAAAGGAUAUAAGCUCAGGAGCUGAAGGUUUUUUAGCACCCGUUGGUGAUAAAGGACAAUUUAAAGACUUUUGCACUCAGGAUUGCAUGGAAAAAUAUACUAAAAUGAGUUCUGCAGAGCCACUUUGUUCGGAAAAGAAAGCAUGCAGUGUCUGCCAGGAGGAAAAAAUUGUACACUGCGAAGUUCAAAUAGGUAGGACCAAUUCAGUGGCAAUUUGCAGCGAUCCGUGUUUUGCGGCAUUCAAGUUUGUUAACAAGGUUGAUCCUGAUCAGUGUUCAACGUGCAAAAAAUUCUUUGAACUUCCAAAUAAGAAAACCUUCGUUGUAUUCUAUGAGAACGAGGCUCAUACCUUUUGUACUAAAACGUGCUUGAACAUUUUUAUAAUUACAAAUAGAAAAAUUGUACCUUGUAAUUGGUGUAAGGUGAAGAAGUAUAAUUUUGACAUGAUCAAAAAAGAACUUAAGACUGGACAAGUGAUGAUGAUGUGCAGUUUAAAUUGUCUAACACUAUAUCAGGUAUCCAUCAAUGCCGUUUCUGCGAGACGCAUAAACUGCGACUUCUGCAAAGAAUUUUCUCAAGCCCAAUAUCAUCUUACCAUGUCGGAUGCGACGAUACGAAAUUUCUGUUCGUACAAUUGUGUGAUGAACUUCCAAGCCCAAUACACAAAGUCUCCAAUCACAAUACCUUCCAGCGAUGACCCAGUUCCAACUGGCAUGCCUAAACGAACAAUACCACAAAGAACGAUAAUUCCAGCUCCUCCAAAACCUACUGAAAUUCAACCUAAAAAAAAUUUGCCUGUGAUUUCUUCGGUGACGAGUUUAGCAUCAAUGGGAAAUGGCCAAUCUCUAAGUCAACAAGCCAGUCCAACCAGUCAGCAGAACGUUAAUACUUCAGUUAAUAACGUAGUUCCAGUGCCCCAAAGUACGACCGUCCAUGGUCAAGCUACGCAAGUUAUUUACAAGCAACAAGUGAUAACCAGGCCACCUAGUCCAGUGAAGGUUCACAAUAAGAGUACACAGUGUAAGCCCGUAGUACACACCAAAGGUGUCUCUGUCCGACCUCACCCUUGCUCCAAGUCCACCCAAACCGAUGAAAUUCAACAAAUAGCUGUCCCAAUCCCAGUGCCUAUUUAUGUACCAGUUCCGAUGCAUAUGUACAGUAUGCCUUAUCCAGUUCCAUUUCCAUUUCCACUUCCAAUUCCAGUUCCUAUUUUUAUUCCAACCACAAGAAACAGUGCUAAAGGAAUUUUUAAAGAUAUCAAAAGGAUACAAGAGAAAAUACCAGCCGAUCCUUUUGAAGCUGAAUUGCUUAUGAUGGCUGAAAUGGUAGCCACUGAGAAAAAAGUAAAUGAAAGUGAUUCGGAUUCAGCUGAAGACAACAGGGAUGACGAUGGCGAGGAACGGGGGAAUUCGCAUACCGAUGGUUUUAGUCCAGAUGCAGUUGACUCCAGUAAUACAUUUGGUGACGAUAUGUUGCAAAUGGCAUUAAAAAUGGCCACUGGAGAAUUGGACGAACCAGCUGUAGAUCUCGAAGCUGCACUAACACCAAAUACUAUUACAGCGACUCAGACUCCUUCUCAGCCAGAAGCAGCCAUGGAUAAUGAUGUUCAACCAGAACGACUUAUAGCUGCUACUCGUGGCAGAAAACGUAUAGUUUCUUACAAGCCAAGAUCUACACCAAGUAAACGAGGUAGGAGAGUAUCGGGAGCAAACGAUAUACCACUAAUGCCACCUCCAGAUUCUCAACCUCCUCAACCGAGAAUUAUGGAACCAAUAGAGAAGCCCGAUGCUAAUAUGGCUCUUAAGUAUACAUUCGGAGUAAAUGCUUGGAGACAAUGGGUUGUUACAAAAAAUGCAGAGUUAGAGAAACAGAGUACUCCAACAAGGAAAGUCAAGUUAUUUAAGACUGACUUAUUACAAUUGACAGCGGAUGAGUUAAAUUAUUCCUUGUGUCUCUUUGUAAAAGAGGUUAGGAAGCCUAAUGGUGCUGAGUAUGCACCUGACACGAUAUAUUACUUAUGUUUAGGAAUACAACAAUACCUGUUUGAAAAUAAUAGAAUAGACAAUAUUUUUACGGAUUCGUACUAUGAAAAGUUCACAGACUGCUUGAACGAAGUUGCAAAAAAAUUUUCCGUUCUUUACAACGAUGCCCAGUAUAUAGUGACAAGAGUUGAAGAAGAACAUUUAUGGGAGUGUAAGCAGCUCGGAGCACAUUCCCCCCAUGUGCUCUUAAGUACUCUUAUGUUCUUCAACACAAAACAUUUCAAUUUGGUGACAGUAGAAGAACAUAUGCAGCUAUCGUUUUCGCACAUUAUGAAACACUGGAAACGAAAUCCAGCAGCACAACCUGCUGCAAUUGCAGGAAAAGUCCCUGGUUCGAGAAAUGUUCUCUUACGUUUUUAUCCACCACAGUCCACUCUAGAAGCAAACUCCAGGAAGAAAAAAGUUUACGAGCAGCAGGAAAAUGAAGAAAACCCUUUAAGGUGUCCAGUUAAACUGUACGAAUUUUAUUUAUCCAAAUGCCCAGAAAGCGUAAAAACUCGUAACGACGUUUUCUACCUUCUGCCAGAACGGAGCUGUGUACCGGAUAGUCCAGUUUGGUAUUCUACAUCACCUCUCGCCAAGGAACAUCUUAUAAAGAUGUUGUAUCGCGUUAAGAUGGUCAAAGAAAUUAAUGUCGCCUUACUGACCAGUUAAUUUUAUUCAUAUUUACAUUCGCAGAUUUCCAAUCAACUGAUCUAACAUAUGUUGUUAUAUGUAAUGUCAUUACAGCAUUACACAAUUUGUGAGAAUUAUAUCUUCAAAGGCCUGUAUAAUGAAAAGGUUACACCUUUAGAUAUGGCCCUGUAUUGAUUUUGGAAUGCUAGAAAAACACGUUGAAAUAAUUUCCGGAAACAAAGUUAUUAGAGCAUUUAGUGCGCAUUUUGGAAAUACGUAUACGUCAAGCCAUUUACGUCGAACGAUGUUUUUCGUGGUUAUAACAUGUUACUGUAAUGAAAUAUUGCUAGUUUUACAGUCACACGGUACAACAUUAGCACGAGCGGAUGCUAGUAAGUGGUUUUAUGACGAUAAUAAGAAACGGCCUGAAGUGAAUACAUUGUCAUUGUAAAACGUGUAAUUUGGAGAUAGACACUGGGUUUAUGUACCAAAAAGAAUCGUUCCCCAAUUAUUUAAGGAUACAAUUUAUUUCUCAAAAAAUUGAACAUUGUAAAUAGCGAAUCAAUAUCCUCUCAUAUAGAAACUUAAACGCCAUAUCUUUAUGAAUUCUUGUAAGAUGUUUUUUUUUACGUAAUCUUCCAAAUAACUUGGAACAAGUGGAAUAUUAUUAAGAUGUUAGAUAGAAAAGCUCGCUUUGGUUCACACAGAAAGUGUUAAGAGACUCAAUGAGACCGAAAUAAAGUCUUAAUGAAGUAAAUGAAAUUUUUACACAAGUGGAAGCGUUGUAGUAUAAAACGCGUAUCUAACUUAUAACUGAUGUCUCUACUGUAAUCUUAGAUUAGAAAUCUCAUCUAGGAAAUGCAAUAUCUCAUUUUGAGUGCUGAAUACGGUAGUGUACAAUAACGGUCUUGUGAAAUAUUCAGUGCAAUAUUGAAGUAGCUUAACAAUGAGUCCCUGGAUUACAAACGACGUAGUAACCAAAAUACUGAAAUUCUUUUUGACAAGUUCGUAACAGCUACACAAAAAGGAACUUAUUAAAAUAUGUUUAUAUUUUCUCAACUCACUUGUGCGUUCUUGACUCGUGAAUACUUACGUGUAACAUUAUCAUUUUACAUUCAUUGAUACGCUCCACCAAAAGAGAAAAAAAAACUAUUUUCUUACUACUCAUCUCUUGCACAACAUACAUGUAUGUUUAGUGUGACGAUAGAACUGAAAACAGUGUAGUAUAUGUGUACAACUACAACUGCUUCUACUUACGCCCAAUAGAUUAUUUCACACCAUAUUUCUUACAAAUCCAAAAAAUCGUCAGGAAUAACAAUUUCACGUGUUGUUAAGAUUUAAAAAAUAAACAAGUUACAGAAUCGUGCAACGGAAAAUCAUAAGAAUGAAAAAGUAUUUUGUAAAACCAUAGCAAUCAAUUAUUACAUUUGUGAAAUAACAUUGUUAUAAUUAUUCAUUUUGAUAUUUUGGACCUAGGCACAGCGAAUGUAGAUUUAUUUUAUAUAUCGUUUUUUUUUUAGAACAAAUCUUUUCCAAUCCUUCCCUGUAUGUAUGAAGUUUCUAUUUUUAAAAUUAAGUACAUCUAAACUUGUGCAGUUCGUACAAAUGUAAAAAUAAAGGACUUAGCAAAAACACUUUGACAACCUAUACUCGUCUUUAAAUUGGAUGCAGAUUUCAGUACAGUGCAAACAGAAACACCAAUGCACGCCAUGAUACGACAUUGAAUUCAUGUAU